AUGAUUCUGAUUAUGGUUUAUCUAUUCGAAGAUCAAACCAUCAGAGUUAAAAGGUUUUCUUGGCACAACGAAGUGAUACUGAAGUCUUUUUCAAUUGCAACCAUGUCUCAUAGCUUGAUCGUAUCUAACAUUCCUAUUCAUUUAAACAAUGCUACGUUAGACAGAUAUUUGACGUUGAAAGGUGUGCAGGUAAACAUUCUAGCAUUCCCAGAUGAAUAUCACCACAUUAACGAUGAUGCAAAAACUAAGACGUUGCAAUUGAUUGCGGAAACGCCGGAAACAAAGGUGAAAGCAGCUGAUAUUUUCCAAGAUACUGACUGCCUACAUGAAAUUGAUGAAUUGGCUGCAGAGGAUGAAAAAAACAGUGGGGAACAUGGCUACGCAUUGGGUUCUUCCGGUCAGGUUCAUGAUGCAACUCACAGUAAUCAAUUCAUUGUCGAUGAUGUUGCUAAACAGCCUGCUUCUAAUCCUCAAUCCGCGAGAAGAAUUUCUGUCACUAUGAUAUGA